AUGCUAAGGAUAGCUGUGUUGUGGAAGGUGCCCCUGCUUGUCGGGCUCCUUGUGCUGGGCACCCAUAUAUGGACCAAAGACAAAGAAUUUGUAGAUAUUAGAAAGGACCUAGAUUAUUUCGUGGCGUCAGUGGAGUUUGCUGUGACUCAGUUCAAUGGCAACAAUCCGGAAGAGAACACAUACAGGUUGCUGGAAGUUGGGAGAGCCCAGAAAAAGACAUGGACAAUGAUAUUUUUAAUGGACCUGUAUAUGGGUCGCACAAUUUGUAAGAAGCACAGUGAACAUAUUGAUGACUGCCCAUUGCAACAAGGCCCAGAAAAGAAAAAGGUGCGCUGUACAUUUCAGGUGGAUGCCCGACCUUGGUUUUCCCAGUUCCGUGUUCUGAACAGCACAUGUGUGGAGAUAUAG